AUGAGUUGGUGGUGGUUAUUAGAGAAGCGCCUCGUAGAUACGGUAUGCUCCCUGCCACGAUACGAUUACUCUCUUUUCGACUUGAUCCGACAGUCUAACAGACCGCUCCCUUCCCAGCUCCUCCGCAGCCCAGCCUUCCAUCGCGGCGUCCAGCGAGUCCACAAGAAAGUCCAUGAAUUACAACAUGGCAAGCCCCCCGAAUACUACGGCGGCACGCAUAUCGACCCACAAGAAGCCGCCCAAGGCGGUGCAAAGAACUUCUUCAAACUGUUCUGGGAAGAGUUAAAAACAGGACACAAGCCAGAACCGCCACCACCGAAGAGAUAG